AUGCCUCGAUUUUCACCUAUCCAUACCUCCAUUAAAGCCAUCUUUGUGACCUCCUUCAUAUCGCUGCUGGCCUUGAUUUCGAACCAAACCCUCUAUGGCGACCAUAUUUACUCCCCCAGGUACUCUUCCUCCAACAAGGUCAUCAGCGCAGGAAUUGCGGGCCAUACUUGCUCUUUGCCCACAGCGCGCUAUGAUAUCAGUACCGGUAGGGCCGCAUGCUCCCCUUCAUCAGGAGGUAUAUGGAUGGCCGAGCUUAGCGGCCUUGAACUGCAAUGCCUGAAUAUUGACCGCUUCAACUCAUCCGAGAGAUCCUGGGAUCGCGAUGAAGAGAACCAUUUCUGCGAGCAACUUCGACCAUUCGGGGGUUCCUGGUAUCCUUCACAUCUUUCAGAUGGGUUAUGGAUCGAUGGAAGAUGUAGUAAGCUACACAAGCUAGAACCAACAUUGUCGGUUUUCCGUCGCAUUGGUUACCCCGAGGGAGGAGGCGUAUGGGUUUUGGGUAUCCACAGCGAACUCUCAUCCAAUGAGACAGCAGUGCGAAAUGCCCUGACAAUGGAAGAACGGUGCAUUGUUCUAGAGAGACUGGGGGCCAUCUUCUGUAAAGAUAUCAAGUGUUGCUCGGCUUUAACUGAUCUUUCCAAAGAACCACACGAGCUGGUAGAAGAGAGGAUGAGACCGAGAAACCUGGAGACAGCAAAGCAUGUAUCUUAG